UUGUCUGGACCCAUGGAUGUGGAACCCAGGGACACUGAAGGCUGACUGUACUGCGUGCCCACAGCUUUUCCCAGUGCUUUCAAGGUGACCUCAUGCCAAUACACCUGAACUCAUCACCCAUUCUCCAAGUGUCAUCUUCCUUCAUUCCUCGCUUGGCUUCUGUGCAGGAUGUCAUCUGAUGAGGACAAAUUCUCACUUCACAUUGCUCACAAUGAUUCUGAUCAAGACAAUUCUGUCUCCACAGACCUUCAGGAAGAAUAUGAAGAACUGCUUCGCUAUGCUAUUGUGAAUCCCAGUGUUGAGCCCAGUGCUUCACAGCCAUCUCAUCCGAAGGGAGAAGUGGCACCGGAUAGAUUCCCUACGCUGGCAGGCUCGUCACCCGUCUUGUCACCCAGGAAGCCCUCUCACCCAGUCAUGGAUUUUUUCAGUUCACAUCAUUUAGAUGACUCUUCCUCACCAGCCUCUACUUCUACUCAUCCAGAUGCCCCUGAAAUACUUGUGGGCGACCGUCUUGUUUCUGAUGAAAAUCUUCAGAAGGUGGAGAGUGUACUUGACGUCUGGAGCUCAGGUCUUAAGACAAACAUUAUAUCUGAGUUAUGUAAGUGGAGACUUAAUUUUAUUGACUGGCACCGAAUGGAGAUGAAAAAGGAGAAGGAAAAGCACGCGGCACACAUACAGCAGCUGUCCAACCAGAUCGCUGACUUGAAGGAGCUACAGAAAGCCUUUGAGAUCUCCCUGGGGAGAAAGGAUGAGGUGAUCUCCAGCUUGUCUCAUGCCAUCGGCAAGCAAAAGGAAAGGAUAGAGUUAAUGAAGACUUUCUUCCACUGGCGAAUCAGCCAUGUCAAAUCAAGACAGGAUGUCUAUGAAGGUAAACUGGCUGACCAGUACUUCCAGAGAACUUUGCUCAAGAAAGUCUGGAAGGGCUGGCGUUCCGUGAUACAGAGGCAGUGGAAAGAGGUAGUGGAACGGGCAUGCCAAGCGAGGGCUGAAGAAGUCUGUGUGCAGAUCUCCAAUGAUUAUGAAGCCAAACUUGCAAUGUUAUCUGGAGCUUUGGAAAAUGCAAAAGCUGAGAUUCAAAGAAUGCAACAAGAAAAAGAGCACUUUGAAGACUCCAUGAAGAAAGCGUUCAUGAGGGGGGUGUGUGCAUUAAACCUGGAAGCAAUGACCAUAUUUCAGAACAAAAAUGAUACAGGGAUAGACUUCACAAAUAAUAAAAAGGAGGACAGUGUCCCCAGUGGUCCGGGAAGAGAGUUUUCUGCUCAUUUGGAUACUUCUUCAUCCACGAUACCUUCUGCAGUCCCGUCGCAGCUGCUGCCAUCUGCAACCGCAGCUGCAGGAGCAGCCUGUGUCACUGCCAUUCCCUCCGCUGCCUCCAUGACCUCUGCAGGAGCCACAUCCGCCUCCUCUGUUCAUGUUCCCGUCAUCUCUGUUGUUGGUGCAGGGUCUGCAGCUGCUGCUGCCCCGGAAGAAAUGUACAUGCCAAGAGUUGUGACUUCAGCCCAGCAGAAAGCCGGGAAGACAAUUACAGCUCGAAUCACAGGUCGGUGUGAUUUUGCUUCCAAAACCAGAAUCAACAGCAGUUUGGCCAUCAUGGGAGUUUCUCCCCCCAUGAGCUCAGUGGUCGUGGAGAAGCAUCAUCCAGUUACAGUGCAAACCAUUCCUCAGGCAGCCGCUGCCAAGUACCCACGGACCAUCCAUCCAGAAGGCGGCAUACCAUCUUCUAGGUCUCUUGGAGCCAGGCCAACCCACACGCAGUCUCUCUCGAGCGUUCAGUCCAUAAAAGUGGUUGACUAGA